AUGGCAACUUCCAACAAUCGAUUAGAACCAGUGGCUAUUGUAGGCAUAGCCUGUGAAUUUGCAGGUGAUAUUCAUUCUGCCAACGAUUUAUGGUAUACAUUGAAGGAUAGUCAAGAUGUGGGUAGUGCAAUCCCACGCGAUCGACUCGAUCUCGAGUCUUAUUGUGCUCAUAUGCUGAACAAAGAUAAUGAUGGACAACUUCAUCAGAAACUUAUUCGUCGAGGAUAUUUCCUAUCGAAUAAUCAAUGGGAUAUGUUUGAACCAAGUUUCUUUGGUUUGUCCGAUGCUGAGGCAGGUAGUAUUGAACCAUGCCAUCGACUACUCAUGCUCAAAUUUGUUCAUUUACUUGACGAUGCUGGUUACAGUAUGGAGAAAAUGGAUGGUUCACGAACAUCUGUGCAUAUUGGACAAUUUUCCACAGAUCAUGCUAUAACAUCAUUUCGUAUGGAGCCUGAACAUCGAUCAAGAUUUCAUGGUCCUAAUAGUUUGCUGUAUAAUGCUGCGGCUCGACUAUCAUAUCAUUUUAACUUACAAGGUCCUAACGUAUCAUUGGAUGUUGCCUGUUCAUCGUCGUUGGAGGCUGUACAUCUAGCUGUGCAAAGUCUUCGCACAAAUGAAGUAGACAUGGCUAUAUGUGCUGGAGUGAAUGCUGUCUAUUCACCAGAGAAUCUUUUAUAUGGUUCGAUUAUGGGCGCUGUGUCACCUGAUGGACGAAGUCGAUCGUUUAGUGUCGAUGCAAAUGGUUAUGCGAAAGGUGAUGGGCUUGGUCUUAUACUAUUGAAACGACUGAGUGAUGCUGAGCGUGAUGGUGAUCGUAUAUAUUGUGUUCUUCGUGAUGUACUUAGUAAUCAUGAUGGAAGUGAAGAUAAGAAUAGUUUUGUCGUUCCAUCAGCGGCUGGUCAGGCACGUCUACUCAGUGAUAUUUACAAACGAACAAACUUUGAUCCUCAACGCAUUUUCUACAUUGAAGCACAUGGUACUGGUACACCUGUAGGUGAUCCUAUUGAAGCAAAUUGUCUAGGUCGAUUUUUCAAUCGAUCAUCUCUUGAACCUCCAUUAUUGAUUGGUUCUGUCAAGAGUAAUUUGGGACAUACAGAAGGUGCAGCUGGUAUUGCUGGGUUAAUCAAAGUUGCUAUGUGUAUGCACCAUCGAGCUAUUCCGCCAAAUAUGCACUUCACAUCACUUAAUCCUCGCAUCGAAGCACAACGAUAUAAUCUUCACGUUGUUCAACAUUCUAUACCUUUUCCUCCUUCCACUGACACUGAUCCUAUAGCUAUGUGUAUAAAUUCAUUUGGCAUGGGUGGUAACAAUGUACAUGCCAUUGUCGAAGAAUAUCGACCUAGUGCAAAAAAUUCCAUCAUUGAUGGAUAUCGAAAUGGUCAUGUUAAUCGACACCAUCAAAUAGAAAACAAACAAUACUUCAUCUUUCUUUUCUCAACAAAAACUCGCAUAUCUCUUAAAGAUCAAGUAGCACAAUUCAAUCAAUGGUUACAAAAAAGACCAACUUCUGAUGUAGAUAAUGAUCAUGCUUUCUUUCAACGUAUUUCUCAACAACUUCUUCUUCGACGAACCAUUAGCUAUAUUCACUUAGCCAUCUUCGUAUUUGCAAAUCGUCAACAAUUACAACAACAACUCGAUGCUUUUCUUGUCGAACAAACAAUCUUGGGUCUUGCUAUUGAAUUACGUCCAGCAAUAGCAUUAUCACAAAAAAUAUGUUUUGUUUUUAGUGGACAAGGUCCUCAAUGGUGGGCUAUGGGUCGACAAUUGUAUGAAAGUGAACCGGUUUUUACUCGAUGGAUUCAAUUGAUCGAUGCUAAAAUGACAAAGAUCAACAAUGGUGAAUGGCGUCUGCUGGAAGAAUUAAUUGACAAAAAGAGUGAAGACGAAUCUCGUAUUAAUGAUACGAAUGUUGCUCAACCAGCUUUAUUUGCUAUUCAAGUUGGACUGGCUGCUUUACUCGUUUCAUGGAAUAUUUAUCCUUCAACAAUCGUCUCACAUAGUGCUGGAGAUCAGGCAGCUGCUUUUGUUGCUGGUCGUCUCACUUUGCAAGAAGCUGUUCGUAUUGUUUACCAUCAAUCACGUCUUCAAAAUCGUAAUACACGACAAGGUGGUCGCAUGUUAGCUGUAUCCAUGAGUGAAGAAGAAGUACAAAAUAAACUUCUCAAGGGCAUUGAACAUCUUGUUUGUAUUGCUGUUGUUAACAGUCCUCGUUCAGUAACAUUAAGUGGAGAUGAAAAUAUUAUUGAUGAAUUACAACAGACACUCUCAACAUUUUAUCCCAAUGUUUUUAAAGCUCGUCUUCGUAUUGAAAAUGCAUUUCAUUCGUAUCAGAUGGAUCGAUUCGACAUAGAAAAAGAGAUGUUAUCGUCGCUUAAAGAUAUUCAAGGACUUCCUCUAAAAGACUCUCAACAAAUAUUCAAUCCGAAAUGUGCUAAAGCUAAUCUUUAUUCGAGUGUAACUGGUGGUAAAUUAAGUGACCAGAUACCAGUCGAUGCUCAUUAUUGGUGGUCAAAUGUGAGACAAUGUGUUCGAUUUCGUGAUGCUAUGGCAUCAAUUCAACAACAUGAUGCUCCAACUGUUUUUCUUGAACUUUCACCACAUCCAGUCUUGGCUACAUCUAUUGGAGAGUGUUAUCAAUCGACAAAUAGCCACCCACUUAUUCUUCCAACAUUAAAACGAAAAGAAAAUGAACAAAUAACAUUACUUACUAGUCUCGCACAGCUAACGACAUCGUCCCAUGUUUGGCAACAAUAUUUUCAAACUCGAGAUGUAUUACCGAUAGUAGAUAAUGAGCAAAUAUUUGAUGAUUUUCCAUUAUAUGCAUUUGAUCUUAGUUCAUGUUGGUAUGAAUUAAAAGAUUCAGUUGUUACAUGUUUGACUAAUUGUAUUCCUAUUCAUCCUCUACUUGGUGUUCAUCAAUUAACAGGACAAACAAGUGCUACGUGGAAGAAUCUUCUCAAUGUUAAUCUACCACAAUAUGCUUACUUGAAAGAUCACAAAAUUCAAGAUACAAUUCUCUUUCCUGCUGCUGCUUAUCUUGAACUUGUAACAGCCGCUUGUCACCAGUUAUUUCUAUCGUCAGCCAAUAAACAAUGUUCACUUGUUUUAAAACAGAUCAAGUUUCUUAAAGCUCUCAGUCUUAAUGAGCAUGAGUUAACAGAAGUAUUCACACAAAUUAUAAUACCAAUUCGUGAAUGGUUCGUCUAUAGUCGACCAUGGACAUCAUCUGGUUCAGAUUGUAUGCGCUCAUCAGGUAUGGCAAGUAUUGAUAUUGUCGAUUCUUUUGUCAAUCCAGAAACUCUUAAUCAAUAUUCAUUACGUGAAUUCACUCUACAUGCUCAUGGUUAUAUUGAGAUGGAUGGUGUUCAACAAAAACUAACAACACUACUUUCUACCAGUGCAACUUACAAUACCUGGUCCACGAGUGAUGCAACUAGUAUUUAUAGGCAAACACCGAACUAUGGUAUUCCGUCGAAUAAUUGUUCACUUGAUCCGAAAGAAGAACAAAGGUGGAAGUCAAAUUAUACCCAACUUCGACGCGAUAUGAUGCAAACAAGUGGUGCCCUUUUACUUGAUGACACUCGAAACUAUCCUGCAUUGAGUGUAAUACCGAAAGAAUGGGAAGAAGUAUAUGAAUCAGCAUGGAAGAAGGGUGAAAACGCAUUUACACUACCUUUCAAUGAUCUCUAUAUCAACAAACAAGCGAAUGAAACAGUAUCAAAUUUUACUAAGCCUAGGAUACGAGCAACUGUCAACGAUCAUAGUACUGCCAGACUCUUGUUACUAUAUAAUCAUCUUUUUGGUAUCAGACGUCCCUGUAGUGGCACUGAUUAUUAUCAAACAUUUAAUCGCGAUAAUAUCACACUUGUUGAUUUUCGGUAUAGAGGUAUCGAUGAAAUUCAGGUAACAGGAUUUAGAGUUGGGAACAAGACCUAUGAAGUAGAUGAUAUCGUUCUUGCACUUGGAUUUGAUGGCUUCACUGGUGCAUUGCUCAAUAUAGAUAUUCCCGGUCAAUCAGGCAAGACACUUCGAGAAAAAUAG